UCAGGGAAACUUCGAUUCAUUUCUUUCUCUGAAGCAGCAGCUGAUGUGAGGAUGUCUGGGCUGAAUGCCUCCCUCGGAUACUUUGUGUCUGUGGUGAUCUUCGCAGCCUCGAUUGGGCCUCUUCUUAAAAAAUGGCCCUGGCUAAGCUUCAUGACAGAGUUUGCAUCCUCCUUCAUGCUGGUGGCGUGCCGACUAGAGGUACAGACCAUCGUGGACGUGGGGCAGUGGGCCGGGGGUCUGGGUGCAGAUGUGACUGUCACCAUGCUGUUUGUGGUGCUGCUGAUUAACGGGGUGAUCUGUGGGGCCGCGUCAGGGAACCCCGCCCUGGUGCUGAUGAAGUUUCUGCAGCUGGAGGCCCCCACCAUGCCCACCCUGCUGGCUGUGGUGGUCCAGUUUCUAGGAGCUCGCCUGGCACUGCUGGUGGCAGUCUAUUACUGGAGUCUGGAGCUCACAGACAUGCACAUGAUCAAGAACCUGAUGGCCCGGGAGUGCAGCUCGUCUCUGCUGGUUUCUGUGCUGCAGGGCUUCUUCACUGAGUCUGUGUGCACGCUCAUCUUCCUGCUCAUCCAUCUGAACCUAAGACAAAGAUCUGCUCUGAUCAGGAUCCCUCUGAUUGCUGUCCUCAUCACGUUCCUGUCACACACAGCCAAAGGUUACACUUCAGCCUACAUAAACCCAUCUCUGGCGUACGGCCUCACCUUUCACUGUCCUGGUUUCACCUUUGUUCAGUACGCUGUCGUUUACUGGCUGGGCCCUCUCACUGGGAUGAUUCUGGCUCUCCUUCUCUACAUGGGUCACAUCCCCAGGAUUUUUGCAAAGAACCUUUUUUAUUUUCAGAAGACACGAUUCAGAGUGCCCAAAGGAGACAAAGGAGAGAAGAAGAAGAUGUGAAAAAAGUUUUUAUUCAAUCAAUCUUAAUGUGACGUACCCGAAAACAGAUGGUUAAAGAUCAGAAUAAAUCCAGCCAGAGCAGCGUUUUAUUUCCUGUGCAGAGAUGUUGAAUAUGAGGUAUGAAGAUAAAAAGUACGGUGGCUGUGAAGGGCAAACAGCCUCUAACAGCCACUGACACAAAACCGCUGAAAUUUCUGAAACACAAUCAAACGUCUGAACGAACCUCAAACAAAAUGAAAUAAAUUACAGAAAUAAGGACAAAGAAAUGUUUUUAUUUUUAGAUACUGACCAGGAUAGACUUUCAAAGGUACUCAGAGUUUUAGAAAGUCAAGUCCUAGAAGAGUGAUACUCAGCGUGUGGCUCUUUUAUGUCCUCAUUCUAAAUAUUAUUCCCCCAGAAAUCCUUUAUAAAAACAAACUUUUUUGCCCUUUUUCACCAUUUG